AUGCAACUGGAGUCAAAUAAUGUACAAGUUGAACCGCCAGUGGCAGUGGCAGGUCCAUCGAGUGUGAACGACUGCGACCAGAACGAUAAUGAGAUCUGGGAGCACUUUGAUAAAAAGUUAAGUGAAAAGACAAGGACCUGUGAUCACCUACACACCAAGUCCAGCGACGACCCUUUUAUCGCCGCCGUCCACACAAUCGCCGCCGACGCUGACACCGACGCCGCCGACGCUGACACCGACGCCGCCGACGCUGACACCGACGCCGCCGACGCUGACACCGACGCCGCCGACGCCGAUGCUGCCGACACCGACACCACCGGUGACUGCUGCCUGUGCAAGGAGAGGCCCUGCAACAUCUUCUACAAAUAA